CACCACCCCCCUCUCUAUCUCUCUCUCUCUCAAAAACGCCAGCCCAAAAGACAAAGGUCCUGCCUCUCUCACCGGAAAAUCUCUUUUCCGGUGACCCACCAUGGGUGUCUUUCAAGAUUACGGCCACCUAACAGAGCGUGGUAGGGUGGAGAGGCAGAAGAGAAAUAAACAAAAACGAGUGAUUGUGGCUUUAACUUCUGCUUUUGCCGCUCUAGCCCUCAUUAUCAUAGCUGCAUUUGCCGUAGUUUCUCUCAAUAAGCACCCUGAGAAGGCCCAAGAACACCAACCCGUAAAGAUCUCGACCUCGAUGAAGGCCAUCAAGUCGAUAUGUUCGCCGACCGAUUAUCAGGAGGCCUGUGUAUCUAGCCUCUCUUCUGCUAUCAAAUCAAAUUCUUCUUUAACAGGGCCAGAGGACCUUAUAAAGGCCGCCAUUAAAGUGGCUAAGAAAGAGGUGAUCAAAGCAUUUGAUCACGCAUCAAAACUGAGGAAAAAUGCCAGAAGUCAAAUGGAGAAAGAGGCGCUCUCUAAUUGUAAGGAGCUUCUGAGCUAUGCAAUGGAUGAGCUCGAUGAAACUUUUUCAGGUGUUUCAGUCGCCGGAUUGAAGGAUUUGGCGACAGUUUCGCAAGAUCUCAAGAAUUGGUUAAGUGCAGUUUUGACGUAUCAGGAGACCUGUCUCAAUGGGCUCGAAGAUUCUAAUGCCAAAUCCGAUAUGGCAGAGGCCAUGAAAAUGGCCACCCAAUUAACAAGCAAUUCUUUGGCCAUUAUAACCGAGGCGUCAUCUGUUUUGUCGAUUUUAAAGGUCCCCGGUUUCAGUCGCCGGCUCCUGUCGAAGGAAAACCAUUUUUCGGAAGGCAAAGGCGGUUUUCCGUCCUGGUUUCCGGCCGGCGAGAGAAGGCUCUUGGCAAUGCAGGAGAUGACGCCCAAUGUGGCGGUGGCCAAGGACGGGAGUGGAGAUUUUAGGACGAUCACAGAGGCACUUUCGAAGUUGCCCCCUGCUAAAGAACGUAACGGGCGUUAUGUCAUUUACAUAAAGGCGGGGGUGUAUGACGAACAGGUGACCGUUACGAAGGAGAUGGUGAACGUUACAAUGUAUGGGGACGGAUCGAGGAAGACGAUCAUUACAGGGAGUAAGAAUUUCAUUGAUGGGACUCCCACCUUCAAGACUGCAACUUUCGCUGCAAUUGGUGACGACUUUAUGGCAAAGGCCAUUGGUUUCCGCAACACCGCCGGUGCUGCGAAGCACCAGGCGGUAGCGCUCCGUGUCCAAUCCGAUCGCGCAGUCUUCCUCAACUGCCGAAUGGAUGGCAACCAAGACACCCUCUAUGCCCACGCUCACCGUCAAUAUUACCGCAGCUGCGUCAUCACAGGCACUAUUGACUUCAUCUUCGGCAAUGCCGCCGCCGUAUUCCAAAAUUGCCAAAUCGUAGUAAGGCAGCCUCUCCCAAACCAGCAAAACAUAAUAACUGCACAAGGUCGCACUGAUAAGCGCGAGACCACUGGAGUUGUUAUCCACAAGUGCAAAAUUUUGCCAGAUAAGAAGCUUGUGGCCGGAAGUUCAACUGCAAAAACUAGGAGCUACUUGGGUCGACCAUGGAAGCAGUAUUCUCGAACUGUAUAUAUGGAGUCGACAAUCGGAGGAUUCAUUGAGCCCGAAGGCUGGAUGCCAUGGGAUGGCGACUUUGCGCUUGACACUCUGUUCUAUGGGGAGUACAUGAACCAAGGACCCGGUGCCACACUCACGAAGAGGGUGAAUUGGAAGGGAUACAGGGUUUUGAAGAGUAAGGAAGAGGCCAUGGCUUUCACAGUGGACAAGUUUAUCCAGGGUGGGGAGUGGAUAAAGGCCACUGGUACAGCAGUUCGUUUGGGGUUUUUUAGUUGAAGAAAAUCAAAGGCAGUUGGGGUUUGGAGCACUGGACGGCUGAUGAGGAGGUUACCUUGUACAAGAGGGAAUCUGGGCCAUCUGUUCUUGGGGCUAUGGGAUCCUAUGUCUGGUAAAGAAAAUGUUAGUUGAAAUGGCUGAUCAUGAAAUGUGGAGAAUGUGUAUUCUUUUUUUUUAAUUCUUGUUUUGUCAUUUCUUGCAGUCAGUACGUUUUGCCAUUGUAGGAUAACGCUCCUUGAAUUACGAAAUUUGUUUUUCAAUGCA